CUCGGCCUGUCAAUGCAGAGAGAUUGUAGUGAAUUCCGUGAGGUCAUGUUUUGUAGCAGGACAACAGAAUAGCCAUCAUUUAUUAUCCAAAUAAUUCAACUUAAUUAAUCUUCGAGGACUCGGACUUUUGUGGCUAAUCCAGAACUGACAUUCUGUAUUUUGUUGACGGAGUACAGAGAGCCUAGUUUGGAUGCCCAGAAAGUAGCUCCUCCAGGUUUCAUCAUGAAUAAAAACAAGCGAGGAGGAGAGAGGGAGUUCUAUAGUUUAGAUGUCGGAGAUUCCACCUUCAAAGUUCUGAAGCGCUACCAGAAUCUAAGGCCCAUUGGCUCAGGAGCACAGGGAAUCGUCUGUUCAGCGUAUGACCACAACCUUGAGAGAAAUGUGGCUAUUAAGAAGUUGAGUCGGCCGUUCCAGAACCAGACGCACGCCAAGCGAGCGUACAGAGAACUGGUGUUAAUGAAAUGUGUCAAUCACAAAAAUAUCAUUGGCUUGUUAAACGUAUUCAGCCCACAAAAGUCAUUAGAAGAAUUUGCAGAUGUAUACAUUGUGAUGGAGCUGAUGGAUGCCAACCUGUGCCAGGUGAUUCAGAUGGAGCUGGACCAUGAGAGGUUGUCCUACCUGCUGUACCAGAUGCUGUGUGGCAUCAAACACCUCCACAAUGCCGGCAUCAUACACAGGGAUCUGAAGCCCAGUAACAUUGUGGUGAAGUCAGACUGUACAUUAAAGAUCUUGGACUUUGGCUUGGCUCGAACAGCGGCUACAGGUUUACUGAUGACCCCCUAUGUAGUGACCAGAUACUACAGAGCACCAGAGGUCAUACUGGGGAUGGGCUACCAGGCCAACGUGGACGUGUGGUCAGUGGGCUGUAUUGUGGCUGAGAUGGUCAGAGGUAGUGUGCUGUUCCCAGGCACUGACCACAUUGACCAGUGGAACAAAGUGAUAGAGCAGCUUGGGACUCCGCCACAGGAGUUCCUGAUGAAGCUCAACCAAUCAGUGAGGACGUAUGUUGAGAACCGACCGCGCUACGCAGGAUACAGCUUCGACAAACUCUUCCCGGACGUCCUCUUCCCUGCAGACUCAGAACACAACAAACUGAAAGCGAGCCAGGCCAGAGACCUACUGUCUAAGAUGUUGGUGAUUGACUCGUCUAAGAGGAUCUCGGUGGACGAGGCCCUGAAACACCCCUAUAUCAACGUGUGGUACGACCCAGCAGAAGUGGAGGCACCCCCUCCAAAGAUCACAGACAAGCAGCUGGAUGAGCGAGAGCAUACGGUGGAGGAGUGGAAAGACCUGAUCUGGAAGGAGGUGUAUGAGUGGGACGAGUGGACCAAGCAGAAUGGAGUGAUCAGAGGACAACCUCCUCCUUUAGGUGCAGCAGUGAUUGACAGCUCCCCUCAGCCCGCCUCAUCUUCCUCCUCGGCCAAUGACGUAUCCUCCAUGUCGACUGAGCCAAGUGACCCCACCAUGACCUCUGACACAGACAUCAGCCUGGACAGCCACACCUCCCUGGGAGCACUGGCCUGCUGCAGAUAACACACGUACACGCACGCACACACACACACACACACACACACACACACACACACACACACACACACACACACACACACACACACACACACACACACACACACACACACACACACACACACACACACACACACACACACACACACACACACACACACACACACACACACACACACACACACACACACAGACACAGCCCUACACAUCCUGUCAUAGUAUACAUAGUUUGAGACACUUAAGGGUCCUUUGUUAAAAACAUUUUUUUUUAUGUACAGCUUCUUUUAACUUCUCUGUCUCCUAUAUUCUGUAUUGCCGAUUGUGUACAUGCUGUAAAUGAUUAUAUUUAUUUAUUUAUUUAUUUUCUUGUGUCAGCUUCUGUCCCUCCAAGCUGUGUACAGUAUUUCUAUGCUGUAAGUUGUAGUCUUUUGGAUCUCACAGUGGAUGGAACUUUUUCCCCCUUUUCUCUAUUAGAAAGUGUUUCCUUUACAAACACAUAUUUUAUUUUCUAGCAUUUAGUGGUCAUCUCCAUUUAAAUGGAUCCUAAAAACCAUUGAACAUAUUUCGACACCCUGUUACUCUGCCUACCCGUAGCUGUAGUGUUCUGUAGUCAUGGCUACAACUUUAUUUUUUUCUAGUAAUGGAACAUCUCUUUAUUUAUUAUAUGACUGUAAUUGUAACGUUUUUUUGGGGUGUUGGAUCUGGAGAUAGCUUUGUUAUCAAAUGUUAAUGAGCAGAUAUUGGGAGUAUGGGAAGGCAAUAAAAGCACCUGGCCCAAAUACUUUAGACACUGUCCCCUCUUCGUUGCUUGACUUCUUCAACCAGUUACAAUGUGCUCCCUGUCCCUCCUGCUUGUCCCUCACCCUUCACCCUUAGUAGUUCUGGAUAAGUAGAAACACCUGUACAGUUCUGCAAACAUCAAAGGGUUGGGGCCAAGGGUAGCGGAAAGGCUGCUUAUGUUUUAUUGUCGGGGCCAGGAGUCUUUCCUCAGGUUACAUGACCAGGCAAAACCCCUAGCCCUAAUUCAUUCGAUUUGAUUUAAGUGCUCUUACAGUUGUCUGCGUUUUUUUUUUAUAGCCCCUCUCUAUCUCGCUCUGCUGUUUGAGGCACUCGAAGAGUGUUUUGUUAGCUUAGUACGCCUGAGCUCCUCUCUCUGUGCCGUCUCUGUUAGAGGACUUGGUUUUCAUUAACUACCUCGCCUAUAUGAGUUUCUGACUGACAGAACAGUCCACAGCAUACGGUCUUAAAAAAACAAAUGUGAAUAAAGUUUUAUUUUUAUUUAUUUAUUUGGAAAUGUACAAUUAUCAAUGUUAGAAGACUGCUAGUAUUGUACGUACUCACUGGGCACAGACGUCAAUUCAAUGUCUAUUCCAUGAUGGUACAACAUAAUUUCAUUGAAAAUGACGUGGGAAACAAUGUUGAUUCAACCCAUGUGUACUAUGUAUAUACAUUUGUUUUUGUUUUAUUUUCAGUUGAUGUGCAAUACCUAUGAUUUGUAGACUAUAGAGUAGGUAGUGAGUGGUUGAUUUGUAUGCUAGGUGGAUGUUCUCCAGGGGUUUCAAAAGGUUUGCCGCCAGCCAUGUUUUCCUUUUUCUAGAUGAAGACGUAUUUGAUGGCUCGAUUCCAAACCGAUCCCUCACCCCUCUUCUCAACGUUCAAUCCCUGUAUGACCUGUGUAUGUUUGGAACUGGGCCCCAUCCCUGGCUGUGGUCAGGCCUAUCACACACCAGAAACAUGGCUGCGUUCAGGAGGGCUCAAUACUUUGGAGCGUUCAGAUGGAAUCUGUGGAAUCCGUCUAGUAAGUUUCACCCUCCUGAGCGCAACCCAGGUUUCGUGGUGUUUUCCGCAAAGGCCAGUUGUAUAAAUUUUAGCCUUUUGAUCUGGACAAGGCCUCACUACAGACUUAAUGUACACACUGGAAAAAGUUAGACAAUGUCAACCUGCAACUCCUGCAAAUAAAGGGUUGAAUUUGA